UUGUAUAUAGAAAAGGCAGAGGCGGGGCGCCUCCACCUCCAUCCCCUCGAGACCCGACCAGUCGGCAUACUACACACGAACCACCAGCCAUGGACACCAACUGGGGCGUUGGCGUCGGCGUUGACCUGAACGCCCCGCCGCCCACCGGCGGCGACGACUGGCGCGCCCAGCUCCUGCCCGAGGCGCGCAGCAGGGUCGUCAACAAGAUAAUGGAAUGUCUGAAGAAGCAUCUGCCGGUAUCAGUGCCAGAGGGACUGAACGAACUUCAAAUCAUCGCGGUGCGGUUCGAAGAUAAGAUCUAUACUGCAGCGACCAGCCAGUCUGAUUAUUUGCGGAAGAUCUCUCUGAAAAUGCUAUCUAUGGAGACGAAGGCACAACAGGCUCCUGGAAAUGCUCAAGUGAUUCCAAAUCUAAACAACCCCGGUCAAGCAUCAUGUUUAAGAAUGCCCGACGGAACCCCCUGGCGGCCCAUCCAGGGUUCAGACCCCGCUGCAGUCGCCGCUGCUGCCGGCGUUGAUCCGAACGCCCCGCCCCUCACCGGAGGUGAUUGGCGCCCCCAGCUUCAGCCUGAGGCGCGCAGCAGGAUCGUCAAUAAGAUAACGGAAUGUCUAAAGAAGCAUCUGCCAGUAUCAGUGCCAGAGGGACUGAACGAACUUCAAAAAUUCGCUGUGCGAAGCGAAGAGAAGAUCUAUACAGCAGCGACCAGCCAGGCUGAUUAUUUGCGGAAGAUUUCUCUGAAAAUACUAUCUAUGGAGAAGAACACAUAACAGGCUCCUGGAAAUGCUCAAGUGAUUCCAAAUCAAAACAACCCCGGUCAAGAUGCAUAAGCUGACGAUUAUCGUGAUACUGAGUUCGCUAGUGGGUAUGAUGACUAGUGUAUUCUCAAUUGGCUGUUCGUGUGAGGAUGACGUCUCGCUGUGCUCGAGUGUGAUGUAUGUUUUGUCUGCCAAAUGAGGAAGUUGUGCUUGUUCCCUUAGUUUCAUCACUCUCCGUGCUCGAGUGUGCUGUAUGUUUCCUCUGCCAAAUGAGGAAGUUGUGCUUGUUCCCUUAGUGCCAUCGAGGUGCCAUGUAAUAAGUUAGACAUUGUGUAAGACUACGUUGUUUAAUGUAUGGAAUUUCUGUAUCGACCGUGCUUCCU